AAAAACCCUUGAUUAGCAAGGUAGGGUCAUGUUACGCCAGAGUGUGAUCUUACCCAGCGACCUUCAACACACUGAGUACACUUGGAAUUGAAAAUCAGGAAGUAAGAGUGUGUUUACAGUGUGCUGGUGUUAGUGAGGUACUAUAUAAAGGAAGAGGGAGCAUAAUUCACACAAGUGAGAACACUAUAGUGACAAGACAUGCAGCUCUGGUUGUGUUGCGCUCUGCUGGUGUUUGUGGCAGGAGGCUGCUUGGCACAGAAACCUCGUCCAUGCAGAAGUCCUCCUCUCCUCGAGGGAAGCCUCACUGUGACAGCUCAAAAUGGCGGUUACAGCGCAUAUGGGAAGUAUGCUUACGAUGCUAUUCUCCAGCGUGUCCGCUUUGGAGAGUUUGUCCAUCAUGAUAAUAAAACGCUCAUUAGGGAUGUUCUGCUACUCUAUCGAGAGCAUGUGAUGUACCUGAUCAACCCUAAAAACAAGACGUGCCAAAAGCGGAAGCUGACGUCCCAGUUCCACCCGAUGAAGAUCCCCUGCAACUCUACUCUUCUUGGGCAGGUAGUGUUAGGGAGUCUCUCUGCACCUGGAGAAGGUCUGCUUGUCAACUCAUGGACUGGAGAGGCAUCUGAGGACCAAGGCCGGUACAUCCUGACGUUCACUGAGUUUGGCUGCCUUCCUGUCAGUGUCCUUUUCAACAGGCCAAAGACCGGGUGGAUUGUGAUGAGCUUUUUUAACAACAUUCGUGGGAUUAAGGAGCCGUCUGUGUUCUUUCCUCCGCCAAUCUGCAAGAAUGCUACACUGGAUACAGAAGAGGAAGGAGAUUUCUUCAGUGCUUUCUUCUGAGGCAAUACUAGUGCUUCAUAUGACCUAUAUGUACCACUGAACAUUAAUGAACUUAAAUAAAGAGUUUGGCAAAUUUAAA